AUGUGAAAUCAAAGACAUACUUGAAAUGGAAAUGAAGAUCUUUGAAGCAUUUAACUAUUAUUUAGUUGUAUUUCAUCCUUACCGCACAUUGUCCCUGUUGUUGCAGGAUGCUGGCAUGAAUGAUACGAAUAUGACUCAGAUAUCUUGGGGACUUCUAAAUGAUACAUACAAGAUGGACCUUAUUCUCACACAUCCACCGUAUUUGAUUGCCUUAGCUUGCAUAUACAUCGCUAGUGCAUACAGGGAGAAAGAUAUCACCACUUGGUUCGAAGAACUUCGUGUCGAUAUGAAUGUGGUAAAAAACAUCUCCAUGGAGAUUCUAGACUUCUAUGAGAGCAAAAUGAUUGCAGAUGAGAGACCAAGUACUGCUUUCAUCAAACUUGCUCGUAAGCCUUAGAUGGUUGAUUGAAGCCGGAACCUGAGAAUACCGGCAUCCACAGCUACAUGUCUCGAUAUUAUUUUCUCGUCUGCUAAAAGCAACGAAACAGGUAAUGAUGUAUCAGAAAAUUAGCCUAUUCGUAUGAUAUACUAAAGUG